AUGAAUCAACAUAACGCCAAUUCCAACAAUUCAGCUACGCAGCAAGAGAGUUCAGUGAUGAAACAUCAAACCGGGUUAGCCAUGUAUUGGACGAAUGAAGAACAAACAAUUCUUAUGAAUUUACUUGCUACAUGUUCGUUAAAAGAUUCGAUUUCACGUUACGCGAGAAUCUCCCAAGAGCUUCCUAACAAAACCAUAAGAGACGUAGCUAUGCGUUGCAGAUGGAUGAAUGGAUUGGAAAGCGACCAAGCUGAGAAUCCAAACUCUGAUGAUCCUUCUCAAGAUGCGGACACCAAUGAACUUCUUGAACAUAACGAGCAAUUGUUUACUCAGAUUUCUGCAAAUCUCAUGUCAUCUUCAAAUCUGAAAAAGAACCUUCUGCUCCUGAUGAGGUGCCGCGAAAAUAUCAUGAAACUUCUCAACAAAUCUAACAAAAAUGUGCCGGAGCAGAUGAAGGUUAUGCCACCGUUGCCGGAGACAUCUGAUGAUCUAUAUGAUAUAAUCAUGACUGCCUAA